AUGAAACCCUUUGUUAGUGUGCCCACGUGCCUCCAGAUUUUUCCUUCGUCAAACGUCUUUCAAAGCAUGAUAACAAGUAAACCUACACCUACGAGUUUCUGGUGUGGGAGAUCGCAAGCGACUGCUAAGGUCCAGAGAAAACGGCGAGUAGACAACCACGACAAACAACGUACUCUGCAUUGCUUUCCAGUCGCGAUUCGCGAUACUGUAUUAGCCACUCCACCAGCUGGUCAUUCGUAA